ACUGCAGCUCCGCGCGGUCUCUCCAGACGCGGCGAGGUAGCUGCAAACUCACGGGCACGCACGGCGCUCGCAGAGCCGAGGGACUCGGGGGAGGGGACGCGCGCAAGGCGCUGGCAGCCACCCUCCGAGGUUGGAGACACCCGGGGCCCAGAGCAGGGGAGAGCCCUGGCGGCCACGGCUUCCCUUUUCUUUCCCAGCUGAGCUCUGGAGAGACUCGGGGACUAGCCCUAAAAAGAGCAGGAAAUCUUGUUUACCGCCCGGGGAGAGGAGACCAGCGAGCCUUUGUUUGGAAAGUCAGCAUCGCCGGCUCCCGCGGCAAUGUGUUCCUGGUGACAUUAGCCCAGGGUAGACGGGUCGGAGGAAAAGGGGGCUCACAAGGUUCAGCUCUGCUUUCGGACGAGGAUCGAGAGGGUGACUUUUGUGCAUUUGUUUGAAUUUGUGGAAAUCUUUCCCCCUUUUCUCUUGCCCGCUGCCGGGCAUGUCCUGAUCUGGUGGCCGCGCCUACCAGCCCAGGGCUGUCGAUCGGAGCUGUCUCCCGCGGGUCUCCCUCCCUCAGUCCCUGACUUUGCAAUACCGGGAGGGCUGAUCUCCGCGAGGAAGGAGGCGGGGGAGUCACAGACACCGGGAUUCGAAGCUUGACAUGCUCCGGGGCGGACCGGAGGCAGCCAGGAGCUGAGCGCACCGCCGGGGCUGCUUUGCUUGCCGGCUCCCAGUGCCCUUGCCUUCCACUGGGCGCCAACCUUGCUCAUCUGUUGGGACGCCCCCUUCUUCCCCGCGGUCCGCGGCCGGCAGGACCAUGCUGCUGAAGGAGUACCGAAUCUGCAUGCCGCUCACCGUGGACGAGUACAAAAUCGGACAGCUGUAUAUGAUCAGCAAACACAGUCAUGAGCAGAGUGACCGGGGAGAAGGGGUGGAGGUUGUGCAGAAUGAGCCCUUUGAGGACCCUCACCAUGGCAAUGGGCAGUUCACUGAGAAGCGAGUCUAUCUCAACAGCAAACUGCCUAGCUGGGCUAGAGCUGUUGUUCCCAAAAUAUUUUAUGUGACCGAGAAGGCUUGGAAUUAUUACCCCUAUACAAUCACAGAAUACACAUGUUCCUUCCUGCCGAAAUUCUCCAUCCACAUAGAAACCAAGUAUGAGGACAACAAAGGAAGCAAUGACAGUAUUUUUGACAAUGAAGCCAAAGACCUGGAAAGAGAAGUGUGUUUUAUCGAUAUAGCCUGUGAUGAAAUUCCGGAACGCUACUACAAAGAAUCUGAGGAUCCUAAGCACUUCAAGUCUGAGAAGACAGGCCGGGGGCAGCUGAGAGAAGGCUGGCGGGAUAGCCAUCAACCCAUCAUGUGCUCCUACAAGCUGGUGACCGUCAAGUUCGAGGUGUGGGGCCUUCAGACCCGAGUGGAGCAGUUUGUGCACAAGGUGGUCCGAGACAUCCUGCUGAUUGGACACAGACAGGCCUUUGCAUGGGUUGAUGAGUGGUACGACAUGACAAUGGAUGAAGUACGAGAAUUCGAACGAGCCACUCAGGAAGCCACCAACAAGAAAAUCGGCGUUUUCCCACCCGCCAUUUCCAUCUCCAGCAUCGCCCUGCUGCCUUCCUCCGUGCGCAGCGCCCCGUCCAGCGCCCCGUCCACCCCCCUCUCCACAGAUGCGCCAGAAUUUCUGUCCAUUCCCAAAGACCGGCCCCGGAAAAAAUCUGCUCCGGAGACACUCACACUUCCGGAUCCCGAGAAAAAAACCACCCUGAAUUUACCUGGUGUCCACUCUUCUGAAAAGCCAUAUCGGCCCAAAUCAGAGUAACUUCACGUGAACAUCCCAUUGGGUUUUAUAUUUUCAGU